AUGAAGAGAGGUGAAGUUCCAACAACCUAUCUACUCUUAUAUGUAGAUGAUAUGCUUGUUGCUGGAGCCUUCAAGCAUGAGAUACAAAUGGUGAAAGUUGAUAUGAGAUUAUCCCUUGAAAUUCAGGAUUUGGAUGAUGCAGAACUUCAAGCCAACUUCCACACCAUUGGCUCAGCAUCUCAAACUCACAGUGGAGUAGAAGCCAAAAACUUAGGUAGAAAGGGAGCUGGGGAGUAUGGCAUUCAGUAUAAGGGAGAUGCACUUAGAGGUUUCUGUGAUUGUGACUUUGUUGGAAAUCUUGAUAACCGUAGGUUACAAUCUGGAUAUGUCUUCACCAUGUAUGGAUCUGCAGUGAGUUGGAAGUCCAGUUUGCAAAGCGUUGUGGCUUUAUCCACCACAGACACAAAAUUCAUGGACUUAGCUGCUGCUGUAAGAGAGUUUAUGGUUAAAAGGGAUAGCAAACAAGGCUCUAAGAAUUUUAUACCUGGUGAUGCAUCCAAAUCAACUGAAGUGUCUGUUAAGAAGCGUAGGUGUCGGUCAUUUAGGUGUGAAUGUCUUGCUAAGCUCAACUUGCGAUAUUUUUCAGAUGGCAUGAGCAAAGGGUAUGAGGUUUAUCAGUUUGUUGAGUAUCAUAAUCACUUAAUGGUUGCGGAUGAGCAUAGGCAUUUUAUGACGGCCAAUCGCAGUCUGGAUCCUACCCAUCGGAGGUUUAUGGAGGAUUGUGGCAGGUGUAAUAUUGGUCCCACACUCACAUUCAAACUUCUGAAGGAGUUAAUGGGUGGACCUGAAAAUGUUGGAUAUGCUCAAAUGAUUUUUGAUUAUAUGCGUUCUCAAAAGGAAUCAUCUGAUGCCUUUUAUUAUGAAAUUGAGAUAGGAUCUCAUCGAAAAUUAACUAAACUCUUCUGGGCUGAUGCUAUUUCAAGACGAAAUUAUCAUAUGUUUGGAGAUGUAAUUUCAUUUGACUCAACGUACAACACUGACAGGUAUUGCAUGAUUUUUGCUCCAUUCACUGGAAAAGAUAACCAUUCCAGAGCAGUUACAUUUGGAGCUGGAUUGUUAUCAAGUGAAUGUAGAGACUCAUAUACUUGGCACCGAUGGUACAUGUGGCAUAUUAUGGUUAAGGUGUCAGAUAAGUUGCCCAAAUCCUUGCUUGGUAAUGAAGAUUUCAAAAAAGAGUUGAAUGCAUGUGUAUGGUCUGAUUUGUUAGAGCUUGAUGAGUUUGAUAUAAUAUGGAAUGAUUUAAUGGAACGAUAUGGAUUAGAAGACGUGCACUGGUUUGGAUCGAUGUUUGAAGAUAGAGAAUUCUGGGUUCCUGCUUAUUUUCGAGAUUUUCCCAUGGGGUCACUUCUUAGGACUACAUCGAUGUCUGAAUCAGAGAAUAGCUUUUUUAAAAACUACACAAAGCCUCAUGCAAAUCUUGUACAGUUCAUCAAUUUCUUUAACUGUGCUGUGGGAGAUCAAAGGAAUGCCAAUUCACGAUUGAACUACUUGGAUUACUCAACUAUUUCUGAUUUGUCAACCCAAUUGCUUAGUGAGAAGCAUGCAUCUACAAUAUACACUGAUUCUAUUUUCAAACAUGUACAACAAGAAAUAAGUAUGGUAUGUGAGAUUGUUUCGAUAACUGUUGAGGAUAACAUCAAGAUGUAUAAGGUCAAGGACCAAUAUGAUUUGGAUGAAAAGCAGGAAGUUAAGAAAAAGUUCUUCUCCAACUUUUAUCGAUUAGUCCAAAAGUCUGAGGGAAAUGUUGUUAGAACCAAAGGAUCAACUAGUGACAAAGUAUCAAACAGGGAGAGUGCAAUAAGGAAAGCAAAUAAGCCUCUACGACGGUGUGGAAAGAACAUUGGUGAUGUUGUUGCUGCUGCUGAUGAUGAUAUACUAAUUGGCAGAUGA